GGUCCGUGGCAGGCGCCGGAAGGAGGGUCGGGAGAGCAUGUCGGCGCUGGGGGGGUCCCUCUUCCGCCCGCUGGGCGCCGCCGAGGAGGAGGAGGAGCAGCAGCUGCCGGCCGAGAUCGAGUCCCUGUGCAUGGCCUGCCUGCGCCGCGGCGUGACGCGGCUGCUGCUGACCCGGGUGCCCUUCUUCAAGGAGGUCGUCGUCAGCUCCUUCGCCUGCCACACCUGCGGCUGGGCCAACGCCGAGAUCCAGUCGGCCGGCCGCAUCCAGGAGCGCGGAGUGCGCUACACCCUCGCCGUGCGCGCCCGGCAGGAUUUGAAUAGGGAAGUGGUGAAGACUGACUGUGCCACAGCUAGAAUCCCAGAGCUAGAAUUUGAAAUCCCAGCUUUUUCCCAGAAGGGAGCACUCACGACGAUUGAAGGGAUAAUUGACAGAGCAAUAGCAGGAUUGGAGCAGGAUCAGCCGGUCCGCAAGGAUGUUGACCCAGGUGUGGCAGGAAAGAUAGAUGAAUUCCUUUCCAGGUUGAAGCAUCUGAAAGAAGUGGAGGAAGCCUUCACUUUCGUCCUAGAUGACCCUUCAGGGAACAGUUUCGUGGAGAACCCUCAUGCCCCACGGAGGGAUGAAGGCCUGGAGGUUGCCUAUUACAAGCGAUCUGCCCAGCAGUCUGCAAUGCUGGGGAUUCAAGAAGAAGAGUCCGAUGAGAAGUCAGUGGAACCAGCAGACGAUCUGAGGAAUGAGGUACUGCAGUUUAACACCAACUGCCCCGAAUGCAAUGCUCCUGCCAAGACCAACAUGAAGCUGGUGCAGAUUCCCCACUUCAAAGAGGUCAUCAUCAUGGCUACAAACUGCGAGGCGUGUGGCCACCGCACCAAUGAGGUUAAAUCUGGGGCGGCCAUAGAGCCUUUGGGGACCAAGAUAACCCUCCAUGUGACAGGCCUCUCGGACAUGACUAGGGACCUUCUUAAGUCAGAAACCUGCAGGGUGGAGAUUCCAGCGCUGGAAUUUGAGCUGGGCAUGGGGGCCCUGGGUGGCAAAUUCACAACCCUGGAAGGAUUACUGAAGGAUAUCCAGGCCCUGGUGGAGAAGAACCCCUUCACCUUGGGGGACAGCUGCACCCCUGGCAGGGCGGAGAAACUCGGUGUGUUCAGCAGGAAGCUGCAGCAGAUUUUGGAUGGGCAGCUGCAGGUACAUUUUGUUAUGGAUGACCCUGCUGGGAACAGUUACCUUCAGAACAUAUAUGCCCCUGAGGAAGAUCCGGAACUGCGCGUGGAGCACUAUGAGCGUAGCUUUGAGCAGAAUGAGGAGCUGGGCCUCAACGACAUGAAGACGGAGGACUACGAGACAGAGAAGAUUUCCUCUGAGUCGUAGCCUUGAUUUGCCAGGCCAAGCCAGUGGUGGGGGGUGAGAAGCAAUGAAGAAGACCAGGAUUGCCAAUCCCCCUUCUCAGGACACAGCCUCGGCCCUGCCCAAGCAACAGCUUGUAGCUGGUUGCCCACAUAGCAGCUGUAAGAAAGCAUGGUCAAAACAUUAAAGCUGAACUGUUGCUGCACUUGAGGCUGUAAGGAUGAGAUUUUUGUUUUGCAUACAGAAACAAGCAACGUUCUCUGGAAAUUUUUCUUUUUUCCACGUGGUGGUUUUGCAAUGUAACACGCUGAGUGCUUGGUCUGGUACUGGAUGCUGGGCACUGCAGGAGUCAGAGGCAGACACCUCUGCUGUUGGCUGCAGAAUGACAGUUUCAACCACCUACCCAUAUGUUGUGCUUUCCAUCCAUUUUCACAAAAAUAAUAAAAAAAAUUCUCCUA